AUGCUCAAGCCGGCACUGGACCUAUGGGUCCAAGUAAGAGGUAUACCCUUACCUUAUGUGUCUGAAACAACUGUUCGUUUCAUUGCUAAUAAUACUCUUGGAGAGGUUGUUGAACUGGAUUUCAAUGAGGAGACAUCUACGCAGAUAGCUUUUAUCAGACUUAAGAUCAGAAUUGGUAUAUCAGACCGUCUCAGGUUUUUUAGAAGAGUCAGAUUUGAAUCAGGUGAAGGGGCCAUGAUUGGCUUUGAGUAUGAGAAACUCAUACGGAUCUGCACCAACUGUUGUCGUAUCAAUCAUGACUCUAAUCAUUUUCCGUACCUGGCUCCCCCUAUCGUUCAUGAGGACUGCUUAGAGGUUCCAAUUUUUCCUGCUAGAGAAGAAAGUGAGGGUUCUGAUCUUCGCCGAGUCCCUGAAGCCCCUCAGUUAGAACAGAGCUCUGAGUUAUCCUCUUACUCUCCCAUCUCUCAACCACCAAGACCGGUUCAUCCUGCACCUUCUUUGGAGGAAUUUCUUGCUGCUCACCAUCUCCACAGGGGUCCUUCCUCAAGCUCCAGAUCUUUAAAAGAAUCUUCAGAUUCUAGAAAAGCUAAAGGAAAACUUGAACUGGGUGAGAGUUCUAAGAGAAGGAAAGGAAAGCAGAUACAAGUGGAGCCUGUAAGAAACACUCGACAAUGCAGAAAGGAUCCUGGCGUGAGGUUCUACCCAGUGAAUCCUGAACCUCCUUGA